UUGUUGCUUCUGUGCCUAACGAUAAAAUUCAAAAUGUUUAUUGUACAACUUUGAAUACGCAGAUUUUAAAUCUUUUAAACGAGGUUUUAUUUGAAUAAUAAUUAUCCAAUAAUAAAGACAAAUUUUAUAUCGAUGAAAAUGACGAGUAAUUCUAUAGGACGUAGAUCAUCUACUAACCCUGUACGGAUAUCUUUGAUUAAUAGGGAAGACAGAAGUUUAACACGAAGUGAAUCAAGAAAAACGCAAACGUUGAAACCAAAGAUUUCCAUAACUUCGGUUGAUAAUUCUCAUAUACCCAGACCUCGCGUUCGAGCCUCUUCAUUUGAUAGAGGAAAAGGAACAGGUAAAACUCCACUUCGUCAUGCACCUGCAACUCCAAUUACGCCAAGAGGACAUCUAGGACUUCCAACAGGACGUAGAUCUUUAUCAGCUGAUCGUGCUAGCAGUAUUGGUGCAAAAGGUCCAAGAAAGGACAGAAGACCAUUAACAGAUAAAACUUAUCAAGCUCGUAUGCUUGCCAGAAUAGACAAUUUUUUUGCUCUAUAUCAUUAUUCCUCUAUGCUUAAUAGUAAUGGUAGCUUGAAACCCAUUACCUUGAAAAUGUUUGUAGAAGUUACUGCUCAUUUAAUGAAAAUGUUAAAUAUUAAACAAACUCUUACAGUUAUCAAUUAUAUAGAGGAAUUGCCAAAAAUAGGAAAGAAACUUCAUUAUCCAGGCAUUAUUAAUAAGUCUUGGUUAAAAACUGCCAAUGCUAUGCAUUCUUGGCCUUACGUUUUGGGCUGGAUCAGUUGGUUAGUAGAAAUUUGUGAAAUAAGGGAACUAGCUUUUCAAAAAUUUAACUUAGAAAACUUACCAUUCUCGGGCGAUCAGAGAGAAGCCAAUAUUAAUAAAAAUACUUUCUUCUCUAUGCUUGAAUUUUACAAUGCCUGGAAUGAUGAAAAACUCGAUGAAGAGGCAGCGAUGGUUGAAAGAUAUUUACAACAGUUUGAAGAGGAGCAAGGAGUUACUGAAGAAAUAUUAAAUAAUGCACGCUCUGAAUUAGAAGAAGAAAUGGAUAAAUUCCAAGUAGCUGAAGAAGAUGCAAAUAAAAUUGAUGAAGAGGUGAAGCACUUGCAAGAAAUAUUGUCGUCUUUGCAAAAGGAGGAAUCAAAGCAAUUAAAUGAAAUUAGUGCAAAAGAAGAAUCCUUAAAAACAAUUAAUUUUGAAACAGAACAAAUAAAUGCCGAGUGUGAUGCACUACGCGAACAGAUUCGUAUACGAAAAAUACAGCAUGAUGAACUACUUUCAACUGUUAAACAACAGCCAAUGACAACAGUAGAAAGAGAUAAAAUUUUGGAAAAAUGUUUGGAGAUUGAAAGGUAUAUGAAUCUAUUUGACGAACAUUUAGAAGAUAUACGAAAAGAGUUGUAUACUACAGAUAUUAAAUUGGCAUCUGUUAAUAAUAAUGUAACCAAAGCACUUCUCAAAUAUAACAAAGAAAUAUUCAUGCACCUUAGUGACAAUAUAGGUGUAAAUUUAGAAGAAUUAAGGAUGCCAGAAAAAGGUAUAUUGGAUCCUCAAAUUAUGGAAGUAUUAAGAUCUAAAGCCAGUUUGUUGAAUAAUCUUAAAGAACUACUGAAAAGACAAAUUAUUGAGAAAGAACAUUUGUUAGAAAUAAAUUUCAAUGAAUUGGAAAAUCUUCAGGAAAAAAUGAAAAUCUUGGAAGAAGAAAGUGGUGAUGUUGCUAACAAAAUUAAGGAAAGAAAAGCUCUUAUAACUAAAAUUAAAACUGAUGCUAAAAAUGAAGAAGCAAAAUUAAAAGAAGAAAUAAAAAAUUUGCAAAAUGAUAUUAAAAAAAUGCAAGAGUUGAAGCCAGAUAUAGAAAAACUUUCUGCAGAAUUAAAAGAAUCAACAGACAAGUUAGAUGCAGUUCGGAGAAGAAAAGAAUACAUAGAGGAGUCUGCAAAAUUAUUUUUUAAUAGAUUUUAUGAGAUUUUAGAAGAAAACAGAAAUGAACUAAACAAUAUAUUAGCGAAAUAUAAUGAAUAAUUUGUAUAUAAACAUAUUUCAUUUGUAUGUACUUACUUAUGUACAGUAUCAAGCAAAUUUUCGAAGGGAAAGCAUUCCAAAUUUUAUACUUUAUUAAUUAUGUUUAAAGAAUAUACUGAAAUUUAUUUUUAUAGAGAA